UAUGUGUAAUGUGAUGAAAUUGUAGCAUGAUGCAAUGUUAGCUCAGCAUGGUGCAACUCUACUUGUUGGGACAGGAGAGACAGAGGGGAGCCCGGGGCCACCGGCCGCCGGGCAGGAAGUGCUGAGUCGGCGGUUGCGAGCAAGGGUGGCUGAGGGGCAGUUGAGAAGACGCGUGUCUGGGCUUAGAGGUGUUGAGCUGCUCCGCUCGCGAGCUGUGUGCAUCCGGUGUGCGUGACUGCCGUGCCCCUGUACUGUGCCUGAUUAACUAACUGUUCUGUGCCCUUGAAAGUUGCUGUACUGUGUGAGGAACCUGUCAUUAAACUAGAACUAAGUGUUGAACGUGUAUCCUUUGUGCCCUGCCUCGUUCCCUCCUCCCCUCGGUGUUCGGUAUGGGCCGCUGUGAGUGACUGGUGCCCGUGUGGUUGUUCUCGGGGAACACGCCGCCUGCCUGCUCGUGGAUGGUGUGUGGUAGGGGGGUGGCGUAACACUAUUGAAAAGCAAAGUGUGUGAAUAAGAAGAAGAGAGGACCAAGGGGAGGAGGACCUAAGAAGCGAUACAAAGCGUUACAGGUCAAAAGAAGAAGAUAAGCUGGCAUCUUUUUUCGAGGUAUGGAACUGCUCUAAUUUCAAAACAACCAGCACCCUCCACGACAGUUGUCAUCCGUCGGCAAUCAACCACGGCCGUCGAAUAUCCAUCUCAGCAACAUCUCAACAAGGUCGUUUCGACGUCAGCAAUGGUCGGCCUUUGAGAGGAUCUACUUACGAUGGUCGCAAGUCAUGGCAGUCCACUAUGUACUCCAUGGUGGUGUUUGGGGCCACCAUGGUGGUCAUCUUCUGGGCCAGCGUCUUCCUCUACACCUCCUUCUACUUCACCUUCAUGCCGGAGGAGUCCAUCACAUGGCCCAUUCACUUCCAAUUCAGGUCCUGCGGCAGUGAACCAGGCAUGUGCAGCAACCCAAGUGCCAUCAUCCCAGUGCUAGACCCAGUUCGUGGCUCCCUGCUUGUGCGGGGUCAAAAGUACCGCGUUGUAGUGGACGUGGAUAUGCCUGAGUCACCUGUCAACAAGCAAUUAGGUAAUGCAUCUCUCAGACCAGGCAUGUUUUUGCUACACAUGGAAAUGAAGAGUCAGGGAGGCGAGACACUAAGGCAGUCAUCUCGGUCAUCAAUGCUACGUUACAAGUCACAACUCCUGCAUGUUCUGUCCACCUCCCUGUUUGCCCCUUUCCUGCUCUCUGGCCUACAGGAGGAGAAACAAGAGGUCACAAUUGAGCUGUUCUCCCAGUAUGAGGAGGACCCACUAGUCCCCGUGUCUGAGGUACAUAUCGAGUUGGCAUCACGGCAUGUUGAGCUUUACUCAGCUCAGCUUCGCAUACAUGCCAUGUUCUCGGGUCUGCGUUACUUCAUGUUCUACUACCCACUAAGUGCAGCAUCUGUUGGGAUCGGCAUUUGUAUGGUUUUCCUGUCAACUGUGGUCAUCCUAAGUUGGUACCAGUUCUCUGCCCCUUCCACGCUGUCUCCUAUGCAACCAAUGAUGAGUGCAAUGUCCUACCCCAACCACACUGCCUCAGUCCUUAAUGGCAUCAGUGGCCCAGUACCAAGCAAGAAUUUGGAUGAAGACGAGGACAUGGAAGUGGAGGUGAGGGGUGUUGCUAUGAGUGAACUGGAACCAGAGAACAAAUGUACUAAGAACGAUGAUUUCAAGCCUACUGACCCUCAGAGUAAGGAAACAAGAGAGACUCCUGACCAUGAGAAAUCUGAUGGUGAUGACUUUGAGGUGGUAAACUCCAAAGAAAAGGGAGUGGUAAGGGAAGAAGGUGAGGCAGUUUCAGCACCUAGCACGUGUGAUGAGGGGGACAGUGUGCUGCGACAACGGAUCCAGAGUGUUGAGUAGGCACAGCAGUGUGUGUGUGUGUGGGGAGAGGCAGUUUUAGGUACAAGUGCUACAUGUAAUCAUUUGAGGAUCCUUUCUGUUUGUGCCCCAAAAUGUUUAUAAUAAGAAAAUAAUCUUCAUAUUUCAAGGUUAAGUACCCUAUGUAAACACAGGAUGGGCCCUAAAUCAUCUUACCAUUUAGUGACCCAAAAGUAGACUAAGGGCCGCUUUCACAGUCGUUUUGUUUGUUUUGAUCGUUACCAA